AUGCUGUUUUCAAAGGAAACUCUCAAGUCUUUUGCACAAUCCAAAGGAAUCUCCAACAUCGAUGACGAUGCACUAAGAGUACUCUCGCAGGACCUAGAAUACAGGAUCAAGGAGGUGUGCCAGGAGGGAAGCAAGUUCAUGGUCGGGUCGAAGAGGACGAAGCUAUCCAUUGAUGACAUCAACUAUGCCCUGAUCAGCAGGAAUGUAGAUCCUCUUUUUGGAUACGACCCACAAGAAAGCCUAGUUUUCCGUGGACUUCCAUCUAAUGUAUACUAUGUUCCUGAUGAAGAGAUUGACCUAGAAGAGUAUCUUGACAGGCCUCUUCCGAAGAUUCCCCUCCGCCCUUCCAUCCAAUCACACUGGCUGGCCAUUGAGGGUGUCCAGCCUCAGAUUCCUUACAAUCCCAUACUUCUGGAGAAGCCUGUUGCAAAGAAAGAUACACUUGGAACAUACCAGGAGGAGGCAGAACUGAAGUCUCAGAAUAGACAUAUGCUUACUAAAGAGCUCGGCAUGUACUUCGAUAAAGUCAUCCAAGCCAUGGAGACUGAUGAGCAGAUAGCAAUGGAAUGCUUGCAUAAUGAAAGUGGGAUCCAACAGCUUGUUCCAUACUUUGUCCACCACUUUAAUGAGCAGAUAAUGAAGAACAUAAAGAACAAGGAAAGGCUUAUGACUGUCAUAAUGGUCUACAACUCAUUGCUAAGGAACAAGUAUAUCUUCAUCGAUCCUUACCUUCACCAAGUUCUUCCUUCACUUAUAACAUGCGUGAUUGGGAAGAGUGUUGAUGAUGAGGUUAGGAGAGUGGCUGCAGAUGUUGUCAAGUAUGUGUUCAGCAACUUCUCUGGGUCCUACAAGACCCUUGCACCAAGAAUCAUCAAUACCCUCAGCAAGGCAUGGCUAGAUAAAGAGAAGACAGAGUCUACACAAUAUGGUGCUCUCCUUUGCCUAAGCUCCCUAUCCAAGCAUGUUGUGGAGACAGUCAUAAAGCCAAAGACAGAUUAUUAUGUUAAGGAAAUCAAUAAUCCAAAGGUUACCGAGCUUUUGAAGGAGGUUUUAAAGGCUGAUGAGCUUUAA